GGAGACACAGAUGAAAAAGCUGGAGAUUAAACUGAGACAUUUUGAGGAACUGGAGUCCAUCAUGGACAGGGAAAGAGAAGCUCUGGAAUACCAACGGCAACAACUUUUGCAAGAGCGCCAGCAGUUCCACAUGGAGCAGUUGAAGGCGGCCGAGUAUCGUGCCCGCCAGAUGGCAGCACAGCAGUUACAGAUCGAGAAGAUGCAGCAGCAGCAUCAACAGUUCCAGCAGCAACAGCAGCAAAGUUUGCAGCAACAUUCUGCACCAUCCUCGUCCCCGGCACCACAUCAUUUAGGUGCCGGUGAUCACGUAUCACAUCACCCUCCUCCACCUGAGGCACCCUCAGCCUCGGCAGUACCGGCGCCACCUGAACCAGAGGAGCAGACACCACCAGUGGCACCACCCAUGCCAUCAGCACCACAAGAUACAGCACCACCAGCACCAGUGGAGCCAACAGCACAAGAACCCCCAGCAGCACAAGGUUUACAACAGGAAGAAGCUAUGGAGACAGACUCUGCCCAUCCACUGCCCUCUGAAACCAUGCCACAGACUCUGCCUACCCAGUCAUAGUAGAAUGGUGAAACGUGAAUUUAUACGUACUAGAGGCUUGCCAUACCAAACGUAAUGGAAACCUAUACACUAUGCACCUGUGUUAUCAGAUAGAACUUUCCACACAUUAUGGGUACUGUCAUAGCUCAGUUGUGAACAAGAAAUAAUACAAA